AUGAACACGGUUCAACCUACACCUAUGGCGAUGGAGGAAGCUCGAAAAGAAGCGACUGGCUCAAGCAGCUGCUCGAAUUGCGGCUCAGGUUGUGAUUGCAAUUGCGAUUGUAGCGGAUGCGACGGGGAGGGCUGUAUUUUCUGCCUGGUCAUCGUUGCCUUACUAGCUUGCUUAUUCUCCUGCUGGUUUUUCGGCAUUCGAGAGCUCCGCAAAGACCGAAAGUCCGUAAAAGGCUGGAUAUUAAUGGCAGCCGGGAUUCCGGUCAACCUUGCGAUUAUCGGCAUCAUCAUCUGGUUAUGCCUAAAUGGCAAAAGCACCAGUUCAUCCGGGGAAGAGAACUACUUCGCCGGAAACGCCACUGCGUUAAUGGAAUUCAAUGCAACUACGCAUGGACCGUGGCCCUGGAUGGUUUCAACGAGUACAAUUGGACCUAUUAGAAAACAUUUCAAUGCU